GCAGUUCACCGUAAUGCGAUUAUUUAGACUGUUUCAAAGAAGAUUGAAGCUGAUCGCUGUUCUAGAACACUUGAGAGAUACAUAACAAUAUCGUUUUGAACGUUAUGAGUGUCCUGAAAGACGUCCUACUCAUAGACUUUUUAUCAAAAGACAGAAUUGAAGACUUCUUGUUUUUCAAGUAGAGCUUUGUUUAACGGAGGCGAUGUUGCCGAGAUUUGCAGAGCCUAUUCCGAAUGUAACAGUGACGGUCGGCCGAGAUGCCCUUCUGGCUUGUGUCGUCGACAAUCUGCGCAGUUACAAGGUGGCUUGGGUGCGGGUAGACACGCAGACGAUUCUGUCGAUUCACCACAACGUGAUCACACAGAAUCCUCGCGUGUCACUCUCGUUCAACGAUCAUCGCUCCUGGUAUCUGCACAUAAAAAACGUUCAGGAGGUCGACCGCGGCUGGUACAUGUGUCAGGUCAACACAGACCCUAUGCGCAGUCGCCAAGGCUAUCUGCAAGUCGUUGUUCCUCCGCGGAUCUUGGAGGAGGAGACAAGUGGUGACCUGGUGGUGCGAGAGGCGACCAACGUGAGCCUGCACUGCCGGGCCGUCGGCUACCCGGAGCCGUACGUCAUGUGGCGGCGGGAGGAUGGUGAGGACAUCAACUACAAUGGCGAGAUAGUGAAUGUUGUGGACGGAGAGCUACUGCAAAUUUCUCGAGUCAGCAGAUUGCAUAUGGGAAUCUACCUGUGUAUCGCCUCCAACGGAGUCCCACCAUCCAUCAGUAAACGGCUCAUGCUUCGAGUACAAUUCCCGCCUAUGCUGACCAUACCGAAUCAGCUGGAAGGCGCCUACCCAGGUCAGGACGUCGCUCUCGAGUGCCAUACAGAGGCCUACCCGACGUCCAUCAACUACUGGACCACUGAGGAUGGUGAUAUGAUUGUUUCAGGUACAGGUGAAAAGUAUGAAGCAGUAUCCAUGGAUAAUGGCUACAGCAAAUACAUGCUGCUGAAAAUCAGACAAGUGAGCAGUGAAGACUUCGGCUCUUAUAGAUGUGUAGCUAAAAAUUCUCUGGGAGAAACAGAUGGACUCAUCAAGCUGGAUGAGAUUCCAGCGCCUGUCACAAAAAUUGCCAGCAUUAUACAGACAAAUACAAAUAUGAGUGACUCAUUAGAAAAAGAUGGCAGACAAAGGUUAUCAGGCAAUGCGGUUAGUGAUUAUCAAUGGCAGGACUCAGAGUUUGAAGAGGAUUCAUCAACAGGCACUGCAAUUCCUCUGCUUCCAGAGACCUCCAGUGGCUCAACGCUCUCCAGGAGUUUCCUCUUUGCAGCUCUGACGUUCGCGAUCAGGUGACUAACAAGUCACUUGCUACAUUCAUCUCCGUUACUGUAUAACAAUCGGCAAACAUGUCGACCCUGUUGAUUCUGUUGACCCUGUUGAUUAUCUGGCCUCAUGAAACACAUCUCAGGGCGGAAGAAAUUCAGCAUACUGAACAGAAUGCUGUUGCAAAGAAGAAGCAAAGGUAACUGCAAAGAAAUAUUGCAAGAGCAGGAAGGAUGAUUAUUGCAAAAUAUGGAAUUUUAGCUAACCGGUAAUAAUGACACAUGAAUAUGUAUUUUCCAGUUCCCUUUCAAUGUUAUACAUUUAUGUCUAAGUUCACAUUUUUUAUGAAUCUUCGUAUAUCUUAUGUGAUGGUAUGCAACCCCAGUCGAUAGGUGUUCCAUGUUUACAAACAUAAAAUAUUUUAGAGGACAGAGUGCAACACUGGAUUCAAACAAAAUGUUUUGAAGUGUGUAAUUCCAAAGUGUUUGAAUAAUGAAGACAUUGGAUAUAUUUCUUCCAAAAAUUAUUUUGCAUCAUUCAUGUAGGUACUCAAUUUGAAUGAAAUAUAUGAAUUCUUUUAUAUUUUUUUAGUAUUGAAAAUCGUGAAUUUGAAAUAUAUAAAUAAUAUUGAUCAUACAAAGCCUUUUUUGCAAUCCCUUUUUUCUGUAUAUGAGUGUGUAUGAAUAUCCUGAAAAGACUGGAUGAAAUAAAUUGAUUGCCUAUGAAAACUCAUUUGAACUGUAAAAAAUAUCACCAUCUAAGAAGAGCUCGAGUUAUUGUUGUAUUAAUAUUGUUGAUAAACAGAAUGUAUUAUUGAGAGCUUCAAUGUUUGUGUAUAAAAUUUGUAAUAUAAAACGUUGAUGUAAAUGCUUGAAUAAACGGUUGCUUGCCAAAUUUUC